AUGGCUAUCGCAGUUUCCGAGGCCGUCGUAGGCGAGAGCGAGGUGAUUUCCUACAAUUCACCAGGCUUUAAAGGACUCAUCAAAGAGCCUUAUAUCUUUUGUCUGGCAUGUUUUGCCUCUAUUGGCGGGCUCUUGUUUGGAUAUGACCAGGGUGUUAUAUCCGGUGUGUUGGUAAUGAGCAAUUUCGCAAAAGAAUUUCCAAGUCUGGCAAAUGAUGCCACCCUCCAAGGAUGGAUGCUCUCAAUCCUAACACUAGGCGCCAUGAUAGGCGCCCUAUUCAACGGUCCCAUCUCCGACAAAUUCUCACGUCGCUGGUCCAUUCUAUACGCUGAGAUAUUAUUCCUGAUCGGCUCUAUCUUACAAUGCGCUGCUAUGACGGUUGCAAUGAUGUUUAUCGGACGACUCCUUUCCGGACUCGCGAUCGGGAUGACCUCUAUGGUUAUCCCGCUCUAUCUGAGUGAGAUUGCACCGCCGAAUAUACGUGGUAGCUUGGUCACUUUGCAACAGCUCGGGAUCACGCUGGGAAUUAUGGUUGCAUUCUGGUUGCAGUAUGGUACUCAGUAUAUCGGUGGUACAGGGGAUUAUCAAAGCCAGGCUGCUUGGCGUUUGCCGCUGGCGCUGCAGUGUCUGCCUUGUUUGAUCCUUGCGAUUGGGACGUUUUUUCUUCCGUAUAGUCCUAGGUGGCUUAUGCAGAAAGGCCGCGAGGAGGAAGCUCUGCAGACGUUGUGUCGACUUCGUCGAGUUUCUCCCGAUGAUCACCGAGUGCAGUUGGAAAUUCUCGAGAUCAAGGUUGCGCAGAAAUUUGAGGAGAAGACUUCACCUAGUACUUCCAAGAACCAAUCCAGCAUCCGAGCCGCGCUGGAGCAAUACUGGCAAUUCUUCCGCACAAGUCAUCUCCGAAAGCGAAUCAUUAUUGCCUGCGCGCUACAGAUAAUCCAACAAUUCACAGGCAUCAACGCAAUCAUCUAUUACGCCCCUCAAAUUUUCAAGGCAGUCGGACUCCAAGGAUCAACCGUUAGUCUCCUCGCAACAGGAGUCGUCGGCGUGAUCGACUUCCUCGCUACAAUCCCAGCCAUCUUGUACAUGGACCGCUGGGGCCGUCGCAAAGUCUUAAUAAUCGGAGGUAUCGGUAUGAGUAUAUCGCAACUGAUUAUCGCGACUCUCUACGCAGUAUACAAGAAUUCCUGGUCCGAGCAUCCCGCAGCUGGUUGGGCAGCCUGUGCUUUCGUGUGGGUGUACAUUGCGCACUUUGCGUUCAGUAUCGGGUCUGUUAAUUGGAUUAUUCCAUCUGAGAUUUUUCCUCCGGCUGUGCGGGGGAAGGCGGUUGGGUUGGCGAUUGCGUCGAAUUGGUUAUCGAAUUUUAUUGUGGCGUUGAUUUAUCCUCGGAUGUUGAAGGCGAUUACGUUUGGGACGUUUUACUUUUUCCUGGCUUUUUGUCUGAUUUUGAUUGUUUGGGUUUAUUUCUUUCUUCCGGAGACGAAAGGGGUCUCGAUGGAACAGAUGGAUCAAAUCUUUGGGGGGAGUUCGGCACAGGAAAAUAUCCAGCUUAUGGCUGAGAUUCGAGAUGAACUUGGCUUGAGUGGGAGUGGAAAGGUCAUUGGCGAGGAGAAAGUUGAGGAACUAGAUACUAGCCAUGUUGAGAAGGUGUAG